AUGGCGUGGUCACAGGUCAUUGGCCUCCUGGCCCUGAGCGUGCUGGGUACUUCGUCACCCACGCCACAGAUUGGUGGAGGCGGCGCCGAAUACACGAUGCUCCGUUUCGGCUGCGCACAGGUCGUCAUCGACCGUCUCGACCCUCUAGUUUCUCCAGGAUCAGUGCCAUCGGGCCAUGUUCAUCAGAUCGUUGGCGGAAAUGCGUUCAAUGCCACUAUGACGACGGGAGAUGUUUCGGACGACACUACUUGUACCACCUGCGCCUUCUCACAGGAUCGCAGUAACUACUGGACAGCAAACAUGUACUUCAAGGCUUCCAACGGCUCUUACCAUCGCGUCCCUCAGGGCGGAGCAGCCUAUCAAUUCAAUGAUAACUUCAGCACACAGAUCGGAGGAGGGAUCCUCGUAUACUACGUGUCAUAUCCCUCUCUUAACAUCACUGCCUUCAAGCCUGGGUUCCGGAUGCUCGUCGGGGACUAUACUCGGCGCACCAACCCAGGCAGCACACUGAAGUAUCAAAACUGCUUUCGCUGCUACACGGGUCCCAAUUACGGUGGCGAUACCUCAGCGCCCUGCCAGGGGAGCAAUGACUACCAAGGACUCCCUCCACAGGCUUGUCCAGGAGGCAUUCGGUCAAACAUUCUCUUCCCAACCUGUUGGGACGGCGUCAACCUUGAUACACCGAACCACCAGGAUCACGUCGCUUAUCCCACCUCCGGCCCGACCACCUUCAUCGAUCAACCUGGCGAGUGUCCAUCCACACAUCCUGUUCGCAUCCCGCAGGUGAUGUUUGAGGUGGUCUGGAACACCACCCAGUACAACGACGAGUGGCCCACAGACGGCUCCCAACCCUUCUACCUAAGCUACGGGGACAACACCGGCUACGGCCAGCACGCCGACUACGUCUUUGGCUGGCAAAACACCUCUCUCCAGGGGGCCAUGGACGUGGCUGGUUGUAUGGGCGCCACGUGCUCUCAGGCGAACCUGCUCACCCAGGACAUCAACACGGCCAAGGAGUGUACUGUGAAGAAGGAGGUCAAUGAGGAUGAGGACGGCUGGAUGUCGGCCCUUCCGGGGCAGAGUAUGUAA